AUUGCCGAAAAAAAUGAAGAUUUUGAUACUGAUCAUCGCUUUUGUAUUGCUGAUUGGUGUGGAAUGCAAAGAUGGAUAUCCUAUGGACAGUAAAGGUUGCAAAAUCUCCUGUGUAAUAAAUGAUAAGUUAUGCGAUAUCGAAUGCACACUGAGGGGAGCAUCGAGUGGCUCUUGCUAUUCUUGGGGACUGGCCUGUUGGUGCAAGGGACUUCCGGAAAACGCCGAGGUUUGGGAUAGUGACACAAAUAAAUGUGGUGGAAAAUAAUGUAACUGUUCUUCCA